CUCUCUUAGUCUUCUCGAUCUGAUCUGAUCUUCUUUUAUGGCCAAAACCUGUGGACUCUCCUUUGAUUCAGAUCCCACUAUUUUGUGUACCAUUGUCCUUUCACAACAGCCCCCACACUCCCUUCUUUCUUCUUCCUUCUCUUCUCUUCUUUUCUCUUAUCGCCAUCUUCUUUGAUCAUAUCACCCUAACCACGUCUUAACCCUUCAACCCUUCUCUUCAUCAUCUUCAUCAAUGGAGUCUUUGGUCAACAACGGGUCGUCUCCGCCACCCACCAUCCAAUUCCCGGUGAGCAGGUUCAUCAACCCGGCCGAUCACCGUCAUCGUCGCCAUGAACAUGGUCAAGAAGACCCCGUGGAUAAGCGGAAGGUUAUGGAUGAAAUGGACUUCUUUGCAGACAAAAGCAAGGACGAAAACGCCGGCAGGAAAGAUUUACAUGCUCCCACGGAAUUGGAUUUCAGCAUAAAUACUUGUUUGCGUCUUCUCACUUCAAAUACCAGUAGUGAUGAUCAGUCAAUGGUGGAGGAUAGAUUGCCAUCUGAUUGUGAGAAAAACGGGAAUAAAACCGAGCUAGUAGCAGUGAAAGCUGAAUUGGAGAGAAUGAGCGCAGAGAAUCGAGUUUUAAGGGACAUGUUGAGUCAGGUUUCCGACAACUACACUAAUCUCCAAACGCAGAUGAUGAGCUUGAUGCAACGCCAAAAGGAUAAUCAUCAUAAUCAUGGGAAAAUAGACGAAGAAGACAAUAGCAAUAGUGGGGGAAUAAAGUUUCCCCGGAUAUUCAUGGAUCUUGGCUUGGCAACCCGGAGAUCCAAUGACGGGGCGGUCGAUGAAGCUAACUUGUCGUCGUCCCCUGAGGGGCAAAACGUCAGGGAGAGGUCUUCAAGAUCGCCUACCUCGAGAGAAGAGAGCCCCGAAAAGGGGUCGUCUUCGGGUUGGGGUCCUAACAAGGUUCCUAGACUGGAUCAUGGUCCGGAAAGUAGCAGCGUUGAUCAGGCUACCGAGGCCACCAUGAGAAAAGCUCGUGUCUCCGUUAGAGCUCGAUCCGAUGCUCCCAUGAUCACAGAUGGUUGUCAAUGGCGGAAGUAUGGACAGAAAAUGGCGAAAGGAAACCCGUGCCCUCGCGCAUAUUACCGGUGCACCAUGGCCACCGGUUGCCCGGUUCGGAAGCAAGUUCAAAGAUGCGCGGAGGACAGAACAAUCUUGAUUACAACCUACGAGGGCAACCACAACCACCCAUUGCCGCCGGCCGCCAUGGCGAUGGCGUCGACGACUUCGUCGGCGGCGAAGAUGCUACUUUCCGGCUCCAUACCAAGCGCGGAUGGGCUAAUGAACCCAAACAUCCUAGCCAGAACGCUAUUCCCAUGCUCUUCAAGCAUGGCAACAAUCUCAGCCUCCGCCCCAUUCCCAACCGUCACGCUCGACCUAACCCAAACCCCAAACCCAAACCCACUCCAAUUCCCGACCCGACAACCCAACAACCCGCAAUUCCCGUUACCAUGCUCAACAAACCCGGCCGCCACCGCAAUAUUUAACCAGGCGUUAUACAAUCAAUCGAAAUUCUCCGGCCUGCAACUCUCUCAGGACCUGGAAAAUCACCAGUCCUCUCAAAACCCGCAAUUGAUUGAUACACUUAACUCUCUUACCGGUGACCCAAACUUCACCACUGCGGCUAUAGCCGCCGCCAUAACUUCCAUUAUAGGAAACUCUUCCAAUCCCGCCACCGUUACGAACGGCGCCAGUAACAACGCUAACAAUGGCGGCAGUAAAUCCACCAACUCAAGCGUUCCGGCGAAUUGAUAUAUAGAUACUACGCUGCGGUUUCUUCUCAUCCUCUCCGAUCCUGCCUUCAUAAAACACGUACUUCGAUCAAUCUGUUAAUUCUUUUUGUUAAGUUUCAAUCUUUUAGACUUCCUUGAGGUUUCUGAGCUUAGUAGCUACGUUACUCUUGGUUGAAUAAUGUAAUUUAAAUCUUGUUACGUUACUCAAUACGGAAAUGGAAAACUAAAAAACUGCAGCUUGUUGAUUAUCA